UUUUUUUUUUUAAGAAAUGCAAUUCAGAAAUGUAAAUCCUCGUACUCUUUUGGCUUCCCUAUUCACAAACCCAUCUCAGAUUUUCAUCUCAAAAUCCCAAAUCAGGAACACUUGUCGAAGAAAAAACUUUUUGGGGCAUCCGAGCCAGUUCGAAUACUUCGUCAGAGAGCAAUGUAAAUCAGGUAAAAUUAAGCUUGAUGACGCCUUACAAUACUUUCAUAGGUUGGUUCAAAUUCAAUCAACAUUGUCAAUCGAUACAUUCAAUCAUAUAUUGGGUUCUAUGGCGAAACUCGGAUGUUAUUCAGAUGUGUUUUCAAUUCAUAAAAACUUGAGUUUUUUAGGAAUUGGACCUAAUUUAUGUACACUGAACAUUUUGAUCAAUUGUUGUUGCCAUUUGAGUAAUGUAGAUUGUGGGUUUUGUGUGUUUGGGGAGAUUUUGAAGAGGGGUUUCGAGCCUGACUCGAUUACUAUUGGUACUCUGGUUAAGGGGAUGUGUAUGGUGGGUGAGGUUUUGAGUGCAGUUCGCCUGUUUGAUAAAAUGACUGAGAAGGGUGUUAAAGGGAAUGUGUUCACAUAUGGAAUUCUUAUCAAUGGGCUUUGUAAAAUUCACGAGACGGGUCUUGCUGUUGAGUUGCAUAGGAAGAUGUUGAAGAGGAUUGGCAAGGCAAAUGUGCUUACUUAUAGCAUGAUCAUUGAUUCGCUUUGCAAAGACGGGUUAAUCACCGAGGCACUGGAAAUGUUUUUCGAAAUGGAAAGCGUAAACAUUUCCCCUGAUGUUGUUGUCUAUAGUUCUUUGAUUAACGGGUUGUGUAAAUUAGGCAGAUUGAUGGAAGCUAUGAAUUUUUUCAACAAAAUGGUAGGUCAAGGAAUUUCAGCAGAUGUCGUCACAUAUAAUUCUUUAAUUCAUGGUUUUUGCCAGUUGGAUUUCUGGAAAGAAGCUACAAGAAUAUUCAACCAUAUGGUUGGACACGGUGUUUCUCCUGAUAUUGUAACAUUCACUGUACUGAUAGAUUGUCUCUGCAAAAAGGGCAAGGUCGGAGAAGCUUACAAGCUAGUUGAAUUGAUGAUUCAACUUGGCAAGGAACCAAAUAUUUAUACUUAUAAUUCACUCAUUUAUGGGUUUUGUAUGUCAGGCAAGUUGGACGAUGCAGAAAAGGUUUUCAAAUCGAUUGUUGAUAAGGGUGGAGAGCACAACGUUACUUCCUACAACAUAUUGAUUAAUGGGUAUUGCAAACAUCAGAUGAUUGAUGAUGCUCUGCGACUCUUUCAGGAAAUGCAUUGCAAGAGUUUGAAGCCUACGAGUGUGACUUACAGCACACUAGUUGGAGCACUGUGCCAGGCAGGAGGAGUUAGGACUGCACAGAAACUAUUUAAGGACAUGCAAGUUUGUGGCCUCUCUCCAGAUUUACAUGCAUAUUCUGUUCUGUUGGCUGGGCUCUGCAAAAAUGGACACAUUGAGGAAGCAAUAUGUCUGUUUGAGUCUGUAAAAAGUACCGAGCUUGAAUCUAACAUUGAAGUUGUGAGCAUUCUCAUUAAUGGAAUGUGCAGAAAUGGUAAACUAGGGGAAGCAAGGAAACAGUUUGAUGAGCUAUCAAAGAAAGGGUUGGUCCCUGAUGUUGUAACAUAUAACAUAAUGAUCAAUGGCUUAUGCAAGAAAGGGAUGUUAUCUGAGGCUUGCGAAUUGUUCUUGCAAAUGGAAGAGAAGGGGUGUUCACCGGACUCCAUUUCAUUCAAUAUCAUCAUUCAAGGUUUUCUUAGAGAAAAUGAAAUCGAUAAAGCAAUGCAUCUUUUUGGAGAAAUGCGUAACAGAAACUUCUUGCCAAAUGAAGCGGUCAGUGAAAUGUUAUUACACCUAGUGUUGGUGGAUGAACAACAUUGUGCAACGGUUGAGCGACUUCCUAAUGUUCUCCAAAAGGAUUUGUUUCAAGUAAAAUCUGUAUAGUGUAUGCCAAAAGAAGGAUACUACUUCACCAAGCAGUUUUUCACGUCUGCUACGGAGGUUGUAAACUAAUUUCCACAAAAUCAUAGAUCUUGAAUUUUCUGCUAAGCCAUCAUAGUGUAUUUCAGUUUGAGCACUCAACUGUUUCUUGUAUUGUAGUUUCACUUGGCAAAACCUGGUUCAGCUGGCCAUUAGUUCUGUAAAUUUGUUCUGUUUUUUUCAUAUUUUUAUGGAAUUGUGAUCCUGAUUUCAGCUUA